AUGGAUGAAGAAAUAGAAGAUUACGAUCCAAGUGAAUUCGCUCCUUGUAGUCAUUGCGGACGCACCUUUAAUCCCGAUGUCUUGGCUCGACAUGAGAAAAUUUGCCAAAAAUCUGCCAAUAAGAAGAGGAAAGUAUUUAAUUCUUUUAAUCAACGCAUGCUUGGAACGGAUAUAAACAAAACUCAAGCGUUGAAAGCUUUAAAAGAAACGGAUAAGAAGGAUAAACCAAAGGGAGGAAACUGGAAACAAAAACAUGAGGACUUUCUUAGUACCAUUCGUAGUGCAAGGAAAGUAACUCAAGCAGUCAAGGAAGGCAAGCCAUUACCGCCUCCACCCCCAUCGAAAAUUGAUCCUAGUCUUGUUCAAUGCCCUUAUUGUCAACGGCGCUUUAAUCCUGACUCAGCUGAACGCCAUAUUAAAUUUUGUAAAGAACAAUCUCAAAGAGUACCCCGUAAUAGUGCAAAACAGCAGUUAAAUAAGAGGACUCAGUAUAAACCACCUAUGCCGAAAGGAUCUUCAAGUAAGCAGAUGUCAACUCCAAUAUCUGCUACGAGUAGAAAUGCACUUACCUCAAGGGCGAAUAUAGAUCAAGUUGAUCGUAAGCCUUCAUCCGGAUCUGCUAAGAAUCAUGAUCAAUUUGCAAGUAGUUCGAUACCUUCCAAGAAAACUAUGACGAUAGGAGGAAAGUCAACUGGAUCAUACGGGCUAAAAGCUCCUUCUACUGGUAUUAAAAAGCCAUCAUAUGGUUAUCAUCGUACAACUAGUGGAGACGAAAAUUCAAGAUCUGGCAACUCUGCAAGCAAGAUCAGUUUCAGUAAUAAGGGAGGUAUUCAAGUAAACAGGAAUAAACAAAGAUAUUUAUCUUUCAGCCAAAACAGAACAAUUCCGAAAGGUACAUUUAAUGGAAGUCGACAAAAUAAAGAUACUUAUGAUACUUCGACUAGUAGCGCUCUUUCACAAGCCAAACCUAAAUUCUGUCACGAAUGUGGUACAAAAUAUCCAGUUCAAAAUGCAAAAUUUUGCUGCGAAUGUGGUGUAAAACGACUACAUAUAAAUACUUAA